AUGCAAUUGAAAGUAUUGGCUGCACAUUCCGAUUUGCGGACGGAGACUCUAGUUAUCCACGACAAUUCUGUUUGCCUGACGCAGCGAGCCCCUUGGGCUCCGCAGAGAGGUGAGACAUUCGUCCUGCGAGCCGGCUCUGAAACAAUGCGGGUACCUGUGUCUCACCGGACGCGGCGUCGUGAAAGGAGAGCGAUGCUUUACAUCUUGAGACUCAGUUAUUCGUUCUAUGUUUUAGGUGGUGGUUGUAAUCUCCGAGGUUCCUGUGAUAGAGCUUAUGUGAUUCUUAAGGAAUCUGAAGCAGCAGCACGUACAGUGGAUAUAGUGCGAAUACUAUUGUUUUAUGCGCUGGAUCCCAUUGUUUUUUAUGAGGGAGAGAAACCGCCUGGUAGAGAGAUUCUAGAAACAUCUGCAAGAAAGCUGCUUUCUGAGUUGCUUCAACUCAGCGAAAGGGCUGUUGACCCAUCACUUCCAAAGCCUGCUGCCAAAGCUAUUGAGAAGAAGAAAAAUUAUCCAAGUUUCAUUGGUGAUGAACUAUCUCAAGAUGUUGAAAUGAAGAGAGGAGAUUGGAUGUGUCCCAAGUGCAAUUUUAUGAACUUUGCUAAAAAUUUAAGAUGCCUACAAUGUAAAGAAGAUGGCCCAAGAAAAGCUGACACGGGUGAUCUCGAAAUCGAAAUGAAAAAGGGAGACUGGAUCUGCACUGAGUGCAGUUUCAUGAACUUCUCUAGAAAUAUACGCUGCCUAAAGUGCAAAGCUGAAGGGCCAAAGAGCGUUGGUGUACAUGCAGUUGAAAUGAAGAAAGGAGACUGGACCUGCCCAAAGUGUGCAUUCAUGAAUUUUGCAAGCAAUAGGAAGUGUUUGCGUUGUCAAGAUCCACGGCCCAAGAAAAAUCCUGCAGACUGGGACUGCCCCUCAUGUGAUUUCAUGAAUUAUGGUAGAAACGCAGUUUGCCUGAAGUGCAACUGUAAACGCCCUCAAGAAGAAACUACUGAGUACGAGGAGCAGAUGUGGAGGCGUCCACGCUAGUGUGUUGUUAAUAGGAACAAAGGCAUUGUUUUCAAUGAAGAUAUGCGCGUAACAUGCUUACGGUAAAUGUUGAUGUUAUAAGUUAUAACCACCCCCACAUUACUAUCUAUAUUUCUAUAUUUCUCCCUUAAACAUGUUUAAGUC